UGCCAGCGGGGCGGGCGGGCCGGGCUGGGGAAGGAACAGUUAACAGCAGCCCUCGCCGAGCGCGUUACAACAAAGGGCUGGCAGCUCCGGAGGAAGGGCUGGAGCCGCGCUCAGACUUGUCAGUCAGCGAGCGGCAGCGGCGCCGCCCGGCGCACCCUCACGUGUGUCUGUCCGUCUGGCCGGCCCUGACCGGCUGCCAUCUGCUCCCAGACGCUGCUCCCCGCGGGGCCGAGGGCAGACCUGCCCGGCUCCCCCUCGCCCUGCCCCUGGCCCCGGGCGGCUCCUGACAGAUGGUCCCGGGGACUUCCUGCCGCCAGGCUGGGACUGCCGGGAUGGACGAGGCUGGGCUGCUGCGGGCGCGGCUGCAGGCCAUCACGGAUAAAAGGAAAAUUCAGGAGGAGAUCUCCGAGAAGCGCCUGAAGAUUGAGGAGGAGAAGCUGCAGCACCAGCACCUCAAGAAAAAGGCCCUGCGGGAGAGCUGGCUGCUGGACGGGGUCGGCGGCGGAGGGAAGGAGCAGGAGGAGCUGAAGAGGCAGAACCAGCAGGACCAGCGCCAGAUCCAGGCCCUGGACCAGAGCAUCCUCAGGCUGGAAAAGGAGAUCCAGGACCUGGAGAGGGCGGAGCUGCGGGUCUCGGCUCACGAAGAGGCGAUUCUAAAGAAACUGAAGUCCGUGGAGAGGACGACGGAAGACAUAAUCAGGUCGGUGAAGGUGGAGAAGGAGGGAGCGCCAGGAGAGUCGAUCGAAGACAUCUACGCUAACAUCCCCGACCUUCCGAAAUCCUACGUCCCUUCCCGGCUGAGGAAGGAGAGGGGUGACGGACUGGAAGAGGAUGAACACAGCCGAAAAGCGCUGUACGCCAUGGAGCUCAAGGUGGAGAAGGACCUGAAGACGGGCGAGAGCACGGUGCUGUCCUCCAUCCCGCUGCCCUCGGAGGACUUCACGGGCGAGGGCGUGAAGGUGUACGACGACGGGCGCAAGUCGGUGCACGAGGUCGGCUCCGGCCCCCGGGCCGCGCUCAAUGGCGCGGACGGCCUGGCGCCCCUGGAGGUGGAGGAGCUCCUGAGGCAGGCGUCCGAGCGGCGCUCCCGCUCCCCGACCGAGUACCACGAGCCCGUCUUCGCCAACGCCUUCCGCCGGCCCACCACCCCGCAGCGGGAGGGCGCGGGCCCCGGGCCGGGCGUCCGGGAGCCGGCCCCGCGGCAGGCCAACGGGCUGGGGGGCCACCGGGACCGCGCCGGCCCCCACGCGGACCACGGGCUGUCACCGGGGGAGAGGGCCGACGGCCUGCAUCCCGACAGCCCCCCUCGGCCGACCCCCCGCCCCCGCCGAUGGGUGAUUCCGCACGCAGAGAGGCAGCCGGCCGCUUGGGAAGGGGCGGACGGGACGCCGGACGGGACGCCGGACAAGCAGGCAUCCCCCGUCAGGAGGCCCGAAGGCCAGGGCCCUCCUCCCCCCGGGCGGGGGGCCGAGGAAGACGUGCGCUACAACAUCGUCCACUCGCUGCCUCCCGACCUGGACGGCGCGGAGCCCGUGACCAUGAUCUUCAUGGGGUACCAGCAGGCGGACGACCACGCGGAGGAGAGGGGCGGCCUCGCGGGCUACGACGGCGUCAUCCACGCUGAGCUGGUGGUCAUCGACGAGGAGGAGGGCGAGGGCGAGGCCCGGAAGCCCGCCCCCCACGCCCGGGCGCCCCACGGCCCGGCCCACCAGCCGGCCAGGCCCACGCCCCUGCCCAGGAAGAAGGCGGAGGCCAGGCCCCCGGAGGAUGCCCGCCACCCGUCCCCCCACAAGAACUCCAUGUCGCUGAGAGAGCAGGAAUCUCGCCUGGGCAGCCCCGCCCGCCCGCCACUGCCACUCGCGGCUCCGGCGGCCGGGGACGGCACAGAGGACCCGUCACUCACAGCUCUGAGGAUAAGGAUGGCAAAGCUCGGGAAGAAGGUUAUCUGAGAGGAGCGCCAUCGACAUAAACCUACUGCGGAGAAGACACUAAGGAAUGUGGGCAACUUUCUCUCCCAGAUAUUUUCUUUCUUUCUUUUUCUUUGCGAGCCAAAAAAAAAAAAAAAUCACAGUUAUAUCCAUAUUAAGCCAUGUGAGUAAGCCGUAGCCAUUAUUUGUAAAAGACAUAUAUAAAAUAUAUGUGUAUAUGUCAAAAAAAAACUGGGAGAACGAACACUCAACUUUUCCAGUUACUUGACAUGACUCUGUGGGGGUGCAAACCAGAAUAUUUUUAUUGUACUGAUACCAAAGCAUUUCUAUUAAUAAUAAGAGCUUGUUAAAUUUAAGAAUAAAGUUAUUUAAAAUA